AUGGGAGACAUUCAAGAUGAGACUUGCGCAUUUGAAAGAAGCCAGUAUGAUAACCCAAAUCAUCCAUUGGUAAUGUCUACUAUGUACUCUACAGCAGCACUGGUAACAACCGUUUUGAAUUUCCUGAUCCUAAUCUCCAUCUGGAAGACACCAUCCCUUCACAAACCUUCCUACAUCCUGAUAGGAAGUCUUGCUCUUUCUGAUUUCCUCGUCGGAGCCAUAGGAGAACCACUCAUGGUCAUUCUUAAUAUCGCUGCCCUAAAAGGCUGGUCUAACAAUAUUUUUUGUCUUGUAUUAAAAUGCACUACAUGUGUAGUUUUCGCAUUCAGCGCCAUAUCUCUGGUAACUCUGACGUUCAUAAGCAUGGAUCGUUUGCUUGCAGUCAAGCUAAGGAACAGAUAUCAAUGUGUCGUAACUAAGAAGCGUGUAUUUUACGCAUUACUGACAGUAUGGAUCAUAUCGUGGGUUCUUCCAGCAACAUUGUUUGAUAAACUAAGUUCAAAUGAUACAGCUUUUUUACCUUUGGUCCUCUUUGUUGGCAUUUUAGCUCUUGUUUUAGUCGUAACCAUCACUAUUUCCUAUUCAAUGGCCUUCUACAGCUUACGAAAGAUAACCUCGUCCUCAGUAUCUCCAAGUGUCCAAAACUCAGAAGCAGGUGCACGUCCAAGUUGCAACAUUGAUGUCGCCAAAUACAAAAAAUCCCUUACCACUAUGUUCGUAGUUUUUAUUUUCACCAUUCUAUUUUAUGCGCCAUUUAUUUGCACUUUACUUGCUUUUGCUGUUACAGCUGAUCAACAACUCUCAUCACUGUUAUCUUUAGACGUCACGUACAUGGGUGUUCUUGCAUCCGAGCUCAUCGGAUUGCUUAACUCAGCAAUGAAUCCUCUUCUGUACUUGUGGCGCAUCCGAGACAUUCGAGAAGCAGUAAAGACCACAGUCAAAACCGUUUUUAAAAUAUUUUAA